CAUGCGCAUUAGUGAGCAACACGGUCCAGCGAGUUACUUAUUAUUCUCUUUGGCUGUCUCUUGACUAAUGGCGAGUAUUCGUAAGAAGCUGGUGGUGGUUGGGGACGGGGCAUGUGGAAAGACGUGUCUGUUAAUUGUCUUCAGCAAAGAUGAAUUUCCAGAGGUUUACGUGCCCACUGUGUUUGAAAACUACGUGGCGGACAUCGAAGUGGAGUCCAAGCGAGUUCAGUUGGCUUUAUGGGACACAGCGGGACAGGAGGACUAUGACCGCCUGCGACCUUUGUCCUAUCCGGACACCGAUGUUAUCCUCAUGUGCUUCUCGGUGGAGAGCCCGGACUCUCUUGAAAACAUCCCGGAAAAGUGGGUGCCGGAGGUGAAACACUUUUGUCCUAAUGUGCCCAUCAUUUUGGUGGCGAAUAAGAAGGAUUUGCGGAGCGAUGAGAAUGUGAGAAGUGAGCUGUCGAGAAUGAAACAGGAGCCCGUGAGGACGGAGGACGGACGCGCCAUGGCUGCGCGCAUCGGAGCGCACGCUUACAUGGAGUGUUCUGCCAAAACCAAAGAAGGGGUUCGGGAAGUCUUUGAAACCGCUACACGAGCCGCCUUAAAGAAAAGAUCCAGACCGGUCUCUGGCUGUUUCAAAUGUUGCCUAUUGAUGUGAAUUUCAAUGAUGCUGAAUAGUCAUUAACAUAUGGAACAAUGGUAAUGGUUCAUGAACCACCUUUAGAGAGGUUCGAACCUACAACCUUCAGUUGUCAGACAAGAACCUUAACCAUUAAGCUACACAAUGCCAGAAAAGUGUGAAAAUUUGUUGUUUGCUUUUGUGGUAUGCUUGCAGAUUACUUUUCACAGAGCACACUUUAGUGUUUAUGUAUUGUAUCUAAUGAGUGCAAUAUUUCAAAUCUUCUUUAAGUCACAAGAUCCACAUUACAGAAGAGAUCCAGACUGGCCACUGGCUGUAGAACUGUAGCUGAAUUACCUGAAUGACAGGUAUGGCACAUGGUUCAUGGACUGCUCAUUUUGGCGUUCCAACCUACAGACUUUCGGUUAUAAGCCGAGAAAUCCAAAUACAGUACUGUGCAAAAGUUUUAGGCACUUGGGAAAAAUGUUGCAUAGUGAGGAUGUUAACGUCAUACAAAGUCCAGUAAACAUAAAAAAAGCUAAAUCAAUAUUUGGUGUAACCACCUUUGCCUUCAAAACAGCACCAAUUCUCCUAGGUACACCUGGACACAGUUUUUCUUGGUUGUUGGCAGAUAGGAUGUUCCAAGCUUCUUCUCCAAGAAUCUAUUUAGAUGUCUCAAUUGCUUCUGUCUUUUCAUGUAAUCCCAGACUGACUCAAUAUUCAGUGGGGGGCUCUGUGGGGGACCAUGCCUUCUGUUGCAGAGCUCCCUGUUCUUCUAUUCUAUUUGCAAAAUAAAUGUUUGGAAGUCUAAAAUGUAUUUUUCCUAUUGAUACACUGAAGCCGAAAAUAUAAAGAAUCUUUAUACACAUUUUUAAGACACAUUUUUUUUUGUGAAGCAUCUUAUUUGCACAGUACUGAACAUUUUUGUGUACGCUCACCGAAGAAAUUGAUUUUGCUUUACAGAACAUGCCUCACUAUGUGUCUAAUAUUGAGAGGGAAGUUAUGUCAAAACUAAAGGAAUUGAAUACAACAUUUCUAAUAAUCCGCUAUGAAUCAAAUAAGAUUUAUUUAUUUUAUUUUUUGGUUUGUAAGUGUAUUCAUUAGGAUCUUAUUUAAUUCCUUUAGGACUGGUUCCAAAUCAUGAUAGAAAUUCCAUUUGCAUUCCUUGAAGAUUUUCUUGACUAGAGAGAAUCAUAUAGACCAGACUUGACUACAUAAAAAAGGGAUACAUUAUUUAAUCUGACCAUGUUUAUGUUGAUGUGCUGUACCGAUACAUGUACUCUCUAAAAACUCAAAAGUUCACCUGUGCUCUAUAUGACAACUGAUUUUUUUUUUUAGAUGUAUGACACCAGUGUUGAACUUAAUGUUAGUGAUUGCUGUAAAUAUUGCACUGUUACAGAAAUUAUGUACCGUUGUGUUAUUUCUUUCUGUUUAUUUAAAGUUUCAAAAGGCAUACAUUGGUGAACAAUAACUGAAAGAGAGUAGAUCAACUUUGCAACUUUUCCUAAUAUAACAUGUCACGUUUAUUUGUUUGUGUUUAGUCUGGGACCAAUUACUGCAUGUGUCUUGUUCAGUUUGUUAAACGUGUUGAACUGGCCUCAACUGAACCAUUUUGAAGAUGUUCGACAUUUAUACAAAAUUAUUUAAUUCUGAUUAAUGUGACAUUUGCUGCUUUUACAUAUUUAUGGGAAAUAUGAAUUGGUGCUGGUGCACUUUUUAUCAACUGUAGCAAGUGAAUAUAUGUCUGCUCCUUUAGGCAUUACUUUUUGAUCCAAGUUAUUUGAAUCUAUGGGCAGAUUUGCUUGUGAAUGACACUUGUAAAUAAAGAAAAAUUGUAAUAAAAAAAAAA